AUGGUAAGGCUCUGCAAAGCGUCGUCUAUCCUGGCCGCGAGUCUUAUCGUGCUGUACCGUACUUCGGCAGUUAAGUUGAUGCGUGCAGAUGAGGAUAAGAGGCGAUGGCAGCCCAAAGCGAAGGCCGCGGCGAAGGACGUAGACUUCAACUUGUACGCCAAUGGUCGUGGAAAAGUGAAGACUAAGGAUGGCAAGUCCGACUGUAAUGGUAAGUGGAAAGAUGCAGAGACGUACGGUGUUCGGAAGAAGAAGAUCAAGCAACUCCAUGAGAAGCAUCAGGACGACAAGGGUUAUACCGAUGCUCCUAAGAAAUUUGGUGGGCACUGCGCGACUGAAUUCGUUUCCGUCACGGCUCCGUUCUCAGAGUGUCGAUUAGACCCUAACGACAAAGGGAAUGAUCAUGGACGGAAGAAUAGGGAUUGGCUGUGCUACGAGAAGAAGCCUGAGUAUGUGUUGCUCCCUCCUCACGGUCCUGAGCUUAACGCUACAUGCCCGACUUCCUGGGAUGCAUAUGAACACCGCGCAUUCUCCUGGUACCCGAAGGAUAGUCCUCCCAGCUGGUGCGAGUACAACUGGUUUGAAGAUCUUCAGGUCUGCUGGUGCAUGCCUGGCUUUUACCGCGACUCCCCCUUUGACACGACGCUCAAUAAAAGGGCUUGUCCUGACCGAGAAGAGAUCUUCAUCGCCCCUAAGUUCGUGAGGACCGAAACUAUCCGCCAACUACAAGGUGUCGAAUCAAGUACCGGUUUAACCGACACUGGCGAGCAAUGCACGUGCCCUGCUGGCUUCCCCUGA